GUUUCAUGUUGAGAAUUUCCCAUGACACCUUAAAAUUCAGUUUCUAAACAUGGAAGAAGUGGAACAUAGGAUCUUCAUUGGAGACUGUGUGGACUCACAGUUAGAGGAUUUGGGCUUAAGAGAUAUCAGUGUGUGGAACUCUGAGCCCUUUUUGUUUCUUGACCUCAUAUGGAACUUUACAUUUGUGGUAGUUUCAGUGCUGGUGCUAUUAUUUUCAGUUAGAGAGCAGCCUUCAACUCCAUUGAGGGUUUGGAUUGGUGGCUAUGCAUUACUAUGUUUGGUGCAUUUGGGUUUCGUAUGUUUCGAUUAUCUGACGUGGAAUAGUGUUGAUUUUGAGGUUGAUGAAGAUGAUGGCUACUCAGUUUCUGUGUGUCGAAACAGACUAAGCAAAAGGUUACAAUCUGUGUACACUGUAAUUUCAUCCUUCUGGUGGGCAGUUGGAUUCUACUGGACUCUUGUGGGUGACAAAGCACUUAUGCAAGAUUCUCCUAGUUUAUUCUGGUUAGCAGUGACUUUUUUGGCCUUUGAGGUGUUAUUUGUUAUGUUUUGCAUUGGAAUGGCAAGCAUAAUAUUAUUGAUUAUGUUCUGUUAUUUCCCAGUUGUUGCAACAAUUGAAUACAUAUCAGCAAUCGGAAAAGGCGCUUCUGAAGAUGAACUCAGGACUCUUUCCAAGUUUCACUAUACUCGAAACACAUUCAGUAGUGCUGAGAAGCAAGACUGUGAGCUAGCAAUGGAGCCGGACAACGAGUUCUCUACUCCCAAACUUGUCCUCCAUCCAGAUGAUUCUGAGUGCUGCAUAUGCCUUCAUAGUUAUGUAGAAGGAGCGGAGUUGUGCAGGCUUCAGUGCAGACACCAUUUCCACCAUAAGUGCAUUAACAAAUGGCUGCGGAUCAAUGCAACCUGCCCGCUUUGCAAGCUUAGUAUUAUCAGAGGCGAAAUGUUGGUAUGACAGCUUAUUAUCAGAAGCGAAAUGUUGGUAUGACAGACUGUGAUGGAAAAAUUAGCCAUAUUUUGGCCAAAUAUUACUACUACUCUACUAGUUAGGAAGAUAAUCGAGGGGAAUAUUAUUAUUUAUUAGUAGUUUCUAGUUUCUACAUGUGAAUUCAAGAAACAAGAGGCACAGCAUUUGAGCUAUAUUACUUAGGUCACGCAUAUUGUAUUAGCAUGAUUUUCACCUAUAAUAUUAAUAUUUCUCUAAAUCUCAUCCUUAAUAUUAUUUAUUAAAAAUAAAUUCUUGAAAAAUAGGAGGAAACUAAUAAAAUUUUCAUUCUUGAGAAAUAGGAGGAAACUAAUAUAAUUUGCUUAUUAGAUUUCCUGUGUUAGUUGCUGUCAUGUUUCUUGCUUCAAAUGCUAAAUCUUAAAUCUUUUUGUGUU